UGAUGCUGGAGGAUGAUGAAGGCAGAACACAGAGGGAGGGGGAAGGGCUCUGCACAGAGGACACAGUGACAGCUGCACAGAGGAUCCAAAUCCAUCUAAAAGCCAUUUCCUGAAUAGAGAUCCCAUUCUAUUGAAGGGGCACCAUGGCCAGCCAGUCACAGGGCAUCCAACAGCUGCUGCAGGCAGAGAAGAGAGCCGCUGAGAGGGUGGCAGAGGCCAGGAAACGCAAAGCUCGGCGUCUGAAGCAGGCGAAGGAGGAGGCGCAGGGCGAGAUCGAACAAUAUCGCCUGGAGAGGGAGAGGGAGUUCCAGGCUCAGCAACGCAUGGCCUUGGGCACCCAGGGUGACCUGUCCUCCGAGGUAGAGGCACGGACCCGCAAGACAUUGCAGAUGGUUCAGAGCAGUCAUGGAAAGAAUAAGGAAGUUGUGCUGAGAAGACUGCUAACCUUGGUGUGUGACGUGAAGGCCGAACUUCACCCCAACUAUCGUUUCACCAACUAUUAAGUGUCCCUGCCCCCCCCCCCCCCCUUCGUGUGCGCAUGCUCACAGGUGUUCUACAGGAGGAGAAUGGUGUUGGAAUCCUUAGUUUAUGGCUAUUUCUCUUCCUCUGUUGCUGUUGUCAAUUAGUGAGGCAAGUCCAAAUGAAAUAAAGACGAAACAUGUCAUGUGAAUAUGCAAUGUGUACAAUAUAUCAUAUCAAUGGGAAAUAUUAUCAAAAGCACUAAACAAAUAAAAGAAGCUAGAAAAAAGUUAUUUCCACCAACUGUAUUAUAUAUAAACAAACUUUAUUAUAUCCACACACAUGUACAAUUGUGACUCGCAUUAUAAGACCGUCUAUAAAACAAUAAAUAUAAAUACAUUGAAAAUA